AUGGCAAAAUCAGAGAUUUUGAGCAUUUUCUUUUCACUACUGGUGAUAGCCCAAGAGGGUCGCGGUCAAUCGCUCACUGGUAAGCCGCAAGUUUUGAAGACGGAACAGCGUUAGUCUAAGCUUAAGCUUAGUUACAUCAACAUAGAGUACUGAAUUAGCUGUAAAAGGUGCACGCCCUUUCUCAUAGAAUUUUAUUUCUUCGAUCAACCUUAAUUGCUCCAUUUUUCUUAUAUCUGUCGCAUUUAAGCCACUAUGGAAGAAAAUGUAUGUGUCAUGGUGAGAAUCUUUCCGUCGUUAAGUAAAAGGCUUGGGUUUUCCUUGACUGAAAAUCCGUAGAGGACAACUCAAGGCAGUUGUUGAUUCAUACUUCGAGAUUUUUUUGGAUAUCAGGGAAUUAGCAGUUUUCAAAGGGAUUCUACAUAAAUGUUAGUGUGUAGUUUCUAGGCAGCUAGUUCCGGCCAUAAGUUAUGUAAACUAUAUAUGACUUGGUGUCUUCUAAUUGGACUUUGGGUAAAUUCGCGAUUUUACAUGACUGUCCUUGACUGUUAUGUUUGAUAAAAGCUUAUGGCAUAUCUUCUAUAAAUCCUGUGUGAAGAUAGCAUAUAAAUGAAGUUUAAGGAAGGUGUGAUACAGUUUCAAUUAAAGAAAGUUAAGGGAAUUAGGCCAUCUCACCCAGAAUAUUUUUCAAGUAAACUUUCCAAGUGAAUUUGCCUUUCAAAUGUUGUUCCUUGCAGUGGAUUCACUUGACCCAGAGAAUUAGCAAAUUGUGUCAACAAACUAGUAUUCUUUUAAAGUCAAACUGAUGUUGCAAAACAAAAUAUGAAUAACCACAUUACAGCAUUUUAAUUAAAGCCUGAAAUAUUAUGUGAGAUCUAUGCAGUCAAAAGCUUUAAUGUGCUAUAAUUUUUGUUGUUGACCUUGAAGCUGGAGUUACUAUGUACAUCAAUUUGCCAUAUUUCUAUGCAAAUAAGUUCUUUUUAAGCAGCAAACAUUUUCCAACCUCAUAAUUUUUUGUUACUAUUUAAGUAUUCUAUAUUUUCAUUCCUAUUUUUUGUUUAUAACUAAGUAUAGAUACAGAACAAAAUUAAGAGGUUUUUUCACAUUGACUAUAAAAUUUACAUGGAUUGUUUACACUCUGAACUUGGUUUUUGGAUGAUGAUAAAAAAUUAAUAAAGAACAUGUCAGGUUGAGCAUCGGGUUUUCUACUGAACUUUGCCUUCACUGUUGUGACAUAUGCUGUAAGUCAUUAUUCAGUCCCGAUAAAUUCUUAAUUUAUUACAGAAAUGUCAAAAGACAGUAUAAUGUUUCUGAAUUCUAAAGCUGUUGCAGCUGUAUGUGACCAUUAUCUAGGGGUAUUUUAAUUUUGACUUUAGAACUUUGGACUGGGACUGCAAUUCUUUUGGUUUCUAAAAUAAAAAAAUUAUUUUUAGCAAUACAUUUCAGUAUGUCGAUGAUGACUUUCUUUUAGCCUGUGAGCAAGCUCCACCCGGAGCACUCCGGUGAGCUUGCUAGAUGGCUAUCCUUCUUUCUCUAAUGACACACUGACCCAUUGAUUCUUUCUUCAAAAAUGAAGAUAGUAUUAUUUUUAUUAGCGUGAAAUAAUUUGCAAUAUUUUUCCCUGGUAAGUGAGGUACUAUUUUACUAUCUGCGAUUAAAAUGAUGUUAUUGCAUAACUUUUAGUAUGAUUGCGCAGUGACUCACAGUAUGACUCACAGUAUGCCAGUUUUGCGUUAUAUAUAAUAUUCUUUCAUGUAGAUAUUUGCAGUCAUGAAAAACAGUUUUCAACUGUGUUUCAGUCAAAUCUUUUUUUUAAUUAAAAGAUAGACACAUCUAAGUGAUAUUUUUUACAUUGCAGCUGGAGUUAAUGAAAUUUCUUACAAAGAACAGCAAGGAUGUAUUUAAAGUGUCCAUAUUUUUCUGGGAGGGGUGGGGUGGGGUUUAUGAGGGUACAGUCUCUAACAAAACAAGGAGUCCACAGAUUUUGAAGCUUGCCCAGCAUGUAAGUCUGAGUGUACAAAAAGCUGGACUUUCCAGUCUCCUGAAGGGAAAAGCAUGUCACUAUGGGCCACCAGGGUACAGCCCAGAGUGGACUGUGUGCCUUAGCAUCUCAUUGUUGCAUAGCUGUUGGACACUCAAUGUUAACAGUCACAGCAUUAAAAGUCAGCUGUUUCAUCUGUGUUAGCAUAGCAUUGUUACCGAGGCUACAUUCACGUGGUACCGAACAAAUUUUCUACUGGCUAAAAGAUUUGACCGAACACUUCGUCCGCACGGGACCAUUUAAUAUUUUUGCUAAGUUCACACGGAACUUUGAAGAGGUAGGCAUCUAAAUUUUCAUACAGUUAAGGAGGUUCUGUCAGUGGUGGAUCCAAACCUUCAGAUAAGAGUGGGAGGGGGGGGGGUCAUCUAGACCCUGUUUCAGGCCUUAGUUUGGUCUAAUAAUAAGGGGGGGCCAGCCCUACUGUGCCCCUCCCCUGGUUCCGCCACUGUCUAUGUGAACGGAACACUGAAACACGUGAAUUUUCAACCAGUCAAAAAUUCGUCCGGUACCUUGUAAACAAAGCCUGAUUGCCUGAUGACUCAUAUGCCUUGUUAGCUGCCUAGAUUAUGGCUGAAAGAUCUGUUAACUGCCUAAUUAGUAAUUAAUAAUUAUUACCGUCUAGCUGAGUGUGACAUGGCUGUGUGCAUGUAUUAAUUAAUUAUUAUUAUUGCAGUGCCAGUAUGGUUUCCCCUACUAUAAUAAUUUUACUUCAAUCUUAUUCUGACUUUUUUAUCAAUCUGUUUGUGCCAGAAAAUGAGAAGUUGAAUUUCGAUGCUGUCACCAAAAUACACUCUCACCUGGAUGAUGACAGGAAUGGUAAAGUUGAUUUGACUGAGUCAAAUGAGGUUAGUGUACGCUAAAUGUUGAGGUUGUUGCUUAUUGUAACUAAGCUAUCUCUGAUACUUUCCUUUAACCUUCCUGAAAGUAAGGGUGGAGUAGGUAGAUGAAUCUCUGAUGAAAUAAGUGAAGAAUUACACUAUUAUUUGCUUUUGUCAUAAUUGUAGAUUGUAUUUAUGUAUUCUAUUCAUGUCAGUUAUUGGUGAUUACCCUAAAUCUUUAUUCACGUCAAGGAGCAUUAUAUUACAGUUCCCAUUGUAAAAAUUGUGCUCACUAACAAUCUCCUCAGUAAAGUCCUAAUUCUCAAAGGUUUUGUAACAUGUUUCAUUUUGUUUUAACCACAUUUUAAAGUUUAUGCGUGAUGAGUUAGAAGUCACAGACAAGGAGCGGCAUUCACACUUCCAUGGGAAUGAUGACCUAAUCUCUGUUGAGGAGAUGUGGCAAAGCUGGGUACAAAGUGAAGGUAAGAAUCAUGUUAUGAGUAAGAAGCAGCUGUUCCCAUUACUAAACACCAAACAAUAAUUAAAUUAUUGUUAUUUUAGGGAUCCUCUUCUUCAUUUCCAGGCUCCUCUUAAUCCUGCAUUAUUAUAGCCAUGCCUUUGUUUAUGUCCAGUUGGUUGGAACGAUCCUGUUGUGAUCAGAUCAGUCAAUUUGCCAUCAGGAGGAAGCAUGGCCAAGUGGUUAGAGAAUAGCCCAUUUUACAGUUGCGGGUGAAAACGAGGCUGGAGUUGACCUUGUUUUGAUACAGCCCUUCCUGCUUUAUUAUGUAAAUCAUGUAUUUCUUAUGCUAACUAGUAUUUUUCAAGCAAAAUUUACAUUAUAAAAGGAAUGAGGUUUGUAUCAAAACAAGGUCAACCUCAGCCUCACCUUCUCUCAAAGGCUAGGGCACCAAGCCCACAGCUGUAAAAUGGCCUAUUCAGAGUCCCCAAGUCCCGAGAUCAAAUCCUUGGCCAUGCCAAAAUGUUCGUUUUGUGGGACUAAUUAGUCUGUUAUUAAUAUUGCUCAGUCACAUUCUACUAUAUAUUUGACCACACUGGUUAUUUAUUGUUUUUGUCUGUUGAGAAUAACCAGUUAAAAUCAAAACAAUGCUAUUAUUGUUUUGGUUUACGUUAAUUUACAAGCUGUUUCAAAUGCAACUAGACUACUGUCUUUCAAUCAUCUAACUUGAUGCACGGUUUGCAAAUUUUAUUGAUGAGUGGAGUCACUGUGACUUCUGCUUCACAAAUUUUGGAGUCAUUUUGGAAUACUUGGAGUCAAGUAUCACAAUAAAAAAAGCCAUUUUUAGACUUUCCAGCACGUGGUCCUGGCAUGUAUACACUAUCGUGAGGGAUACACUAAGUAGCUGUGGCGGUCCGCUGACCUGGAAAGCUCAAAUCCAUGAUGGCGGUCAUCGAGUAAACUUUGAUCGCACUUUACGGCCCUCUUCCUGUUUUUGUCGUGCAGUAUAAUUCUUUAAUUUUGAUGAUUUAAUUAAGGUUAACAACGUUUACAAUUAACGUAAAUUGUGUUUGUUGCGAAAAAGGUAAGGACAAAACUGUGUUAGUUACCGAAAAUUUCUGGAGUCGAAGUGGCUCCCUGUUUGUUACCGAAAAUUUCUCGAGUCGAAGUGACUCCCUCUGUAACCUCUAUGGAGUCAUCUGAACAAUUUUGGCGUAAAAUACGCCAAAUUUGGCGUAUUUGCGAACCCUGUUGAUGUCAUGUGUUUAUUGCAGUUCAUAAUUGGACAACUUUGGAGGUUGUUGACUGGCUCAGAAACUCUGUGCAUCUUCCAAAAUAUGCUGAAGUCUUUACGGACCUGUCUAUCAAUGGAUCAGUCAUUCCACGGUAAAAGGAUUUUUUUUACUACGCAGUGCUUUUAGAAAAACUGUGGUGUUGUGAGCUCAAAAAUGGUUAUCUAAGGGCAAAUUCGAAAGAAAGUCUCAUUUGGUUCCUUGAAGUGCUGCUUGCCCUUUCAAUGAAACAUGGUCAAAGAGAGAUGGUGCACUCUCUUAAUAUAUGCUUCCUACAAACUAGCUACUGUUAAUAAUUUAAACAAGUAAAAUUGUAUUCCUCGUAUUCCUCAUUGCAAUUAACUUUUCAGCAAUGGGUGGUUAAACUUAAUUUUGUAGACGUGUUGUAGGCAUACCAGUCGCAUGAUUUACUUGGCGAGAAAUAUUUUCCAAUUAAAUAUCAGUAUGUUCUGCAACCCAUCCUUGUGUCAACCGACAUGGUAGUACUUCAAGUAUCAAAGAAAUUAUUAGAAUUUUUCUGUGAAAUUUCAGCUUGAUUCAAGCACACGUGUGUAAGAUGACAUUGUCACAGCUGCUUGGAUAAAAUAACAGUGUUUAUAUUUUCAUACCAUCUUAGUUAAAUCCAAACAAUAAAGGUUUAUAACAGGUAGAUCAGGGUGCAAAGAAAAUCAUUUUUACAGCUUUCCAUUCAGGCAAGCUGAAGCUAACAUUUACUAGCCCAGACGUCAUUUCAACUAACCCCAAAAACUUUUUGACUAGCAGAAUUGAUUCUUCUGUUCUUCAAAUUCCUCAAAAAAGAUCAGUUGCCAGUCGGGCAAGUUAAAAACAGAAUUCACUAGCCCGAUAGCAAAAUCCACUAGCCCCGGGCUAUCGGACACUACUUUCUUUGUACGCUGUAGAUGAAGGUGUAGGAUUAUGUGGCCAUAAUCAUCCAAAUACGCUAAAAGUAAAUUAUUUAUUCUAAUUAUUGAUGAAAAUUUUUAAUAAAAUUUAUUGAAAAUUUUCGUCGUUAAGUUAAAAAAAUUAAGCGUUAUUAAUUUACACUUCUGAAUAACAGGACUUUUGACAUUUUAUUUCUGCAUUUUUAAGCUGACUGAAAAUUUUAUGGCUUAAUGUUAGGUGCUUCUAAAUUGGUGCAAAUUAAAUCCUCUCUUAUUGUUUUAUAUUAUUAUACAUUGUUUGUCCUUUUGUUAAAGUAACACAACUGUUGUGCAGUUGGUCGAGAGGAAACCAUAUAAAUAUGUUUCAUGUUUAUUGAUUAGAGCAACUGUGUACUACAGGUGGUUGCAUUGUUAGUGAAAUGAAUCUGGAUUGAACUCUCAAUUCUCGUUAUUCAUGAACACUUUGUCAAUCACAUUAGGUUUUAAGAAUUCAUCUUUAAAUCUCCAGCAACAAAGUAUUCUUGCCUUCAAUGAACUGUAUUCAUUUUUUCCAAAUACUUGUUUGUUGUGGAUGAGAACUUUGUUGCACACUAAGUUAUUUGUGUGCUGUGGAUUGUGAUACAUUUUGUUUUUUUUUUUCUAAUCCUUGCAUGCAAUUUUUUCCUAUUUUUGCAUAGUAUAAAUUAGCUACAAUUUCACACAUGGUGUAGCUUUAUUCCUUAUUUGGGAUAGUUUAGGCUUCUGUGUUUUGUCAUAAAUUUAACCAAGCUAUUUAAUGCUCAUUUGUGAUGAACAGGCUGGCUCUUCAGGAGAAUGGCUUGCUGCAAGACGAACUGGGGAUAAAGGAUCCAAAACAUCGCAAGAAGAUCAGCUUACGUGCCAUGGACAUUGUCCUUUUUGGCCCUCCAUUUGGUAAGUCAUGAUCUGUUUCUUUUUGAUAUUUGGUAUAAAAACCCAGUCAAGAAAACUAAAAGCAAUAAUUAUUGCUGUUGUACAUGUACAUGUACUUUGUAAAAUAGUAUGGAAAAAGAGUAAAGGUUAUUUUGCUUCAUAAAACUAAUUUACAAGCCUUGAGCUAAGUUUAUCCCUCAUGUUCUUACUCUAAGUUUCAGCAGCAAAAUAUUAUAAUAUUAUCAGUCCUUGUAGAAAGUAAAUUCUGCUACAAUUUGCUAAAGAAAUGGUUUGAACAUCAAGGUUACAGCAGAUCUUUAGAGGUGUCUCAUGGGUGUGGUUAUAUUUUGUGAUUCUUUAAUUUCUACAAUGUUCUUAUCUUGCAAAUUUAUGUUAUUGGUCAUGAAUUUUAUUAUUUUCAACUUGAAAUAUAAUUUUGCAGGAACAUUUUUACUGCUUUUCCUCUAGUGUGCCUUUUGUUUGACAUUUUCUAUAAUUUAGUAAUUAUUCUGUUGCAGUAAGGUAUCUGGAAACAGCCCAAUUUGCAUGUAUUUUCCUAAUUUCAAUAUUAAUGUUAUGUAUUCAACAUUCAACAGGUGGUAGUUCAUCCUUAUAAUAUGGUGUUAUGCAUGCUUUCAAAUCUAUAAGGCUUACAGUCUAGAUAAAAUAAUAUUCUACAUGUUUAGUACACAAAUUUUUAGCUUAAUGUUCAUCUUUUACCAACAAUGUCCCAAAUAAUUACUUACAGUAUCACUGCAAUAGUAUUAUUACAACCUGUGCCUGAAUAUCUGUAUUCUUGGCCUGAGUUAUUGAUGGGUUUAUGACAUGUUGAUCAAGAUAAUGCUGUACAGAAACUGUAAACUGCAAAGUCCACAUAAAAAGAUUAUUAUGGUUGAAACAAAGGUAAAGCCAAGUUUUAUGUAAAGUUUCUUGACUAGGUAUAGGAACAUGUAACAGGUAGUGAUGUUAGGGACAAGGAAGGCUCAAGAUUAAUCAGGACAUUCUGAUCAAACGUGAGAAUAUAAUCACUGACUAGACUACCAAACCUUUAUACCAAAAAAAUAAAUUAAUGCACUUACAUUGACAUAAUAUUUUUCAUUUUUUAUUUUUAUUGCCAGUGUCAGGACACAGUCUUCUGAAGGAUGUUGUCGUGGCAUUUUCUGUGCUAGUUGCAACUGUUGGUUGCUGGGUCGCUGUGUUGCAGAAACGCAAAGCAAAAGAACAAAUGGAACGAAUGAUGAAGGACAUGAAAAUCCUGCAACAAGCUGAGGAUGGUCUUCAAGAGCUGCAGCUAAGGUACCAUUAGUUUUAACUUUUACCACCGAGAACAAUUAUUUUUGAUCAUUAUCAAGUCUAGGAUUUUUAUUUUUCAUAUGGAUUUUUUAAGGUAUUGUAAAGCCAGGGUUGUCAGAAAGUUUUGAAGUAGAUGGCUGAGUUGUCAAAGUAAGCGGCUAGUCCAGGGAUAUUUUAUUUAAUAAAUCCCAUCUGUAAAGAAAUGCUAAGCAGAGUAGCUGGGCGAUACCAACCAAAUAGGCGGCGAUUUUCGCCGGCAGUCAGCUACUUUUGACAACCCUGUAAAGCAUUUAGUGCUGAAAAGUAUAAGCACUAUAUAUCACACAUUUUGUUAUGAUGAUGAUUAUUUAUUUAAGUACAACACUGGUGAUGGUAGAUUGUCAAAUCCCUGGUAAUGAUGUGGUUUAUUAUAACGAGUUAUUAUUUUUGAUUCUCUAGACUAGCUAAAGCUGAGGAUGAUCAUCAGGUGGCCAUUGCAGAAAAAGUUGAUUUAGAGGCAAGGUUAAAAGAAGAGCUUGAGAUGACAAAGGUAUUCUGUUGUUUCCUUUUAUAUAACUUGUUUAUUCUCUGGCUCAAAUAAUUCUCAGUUCUUAAACCAGUAAAUGCUUUUGCACUAAAACUCACCUGAGGACCCCUCAAGAAUACCUGUUGUGCUGGGUAGUUCAUCUAGUACAUUAGUAACUGCACUGUGGUAGUGGCCAACCCAAAAGCUUUGCUCCUUUGGCCACUACACACUUUUCCAGUGAAUAUUUAUUGUAACAUGUAUACUAGCUCUGAUUUUCUUCUUUUUUAGUUCGUAUUAUUAUUGUAUUUAGGUACUUUUUUGAAUAAGUGAAUAAACUGAACUUGAACUUGAAGUGUGGUGACAAUAUAAAUUGGCCUCUUGUAACAUUAUGUUUAGCUGUUAUGUACUUUUUUAUCAAUAUUAAUUCUGAAAUAAAACAUUUUUUGUUGCCUCCUCAUACAAAGCAUGAAGCACAGCUGUUAUCAGAAACUCGCACAGGAACGGAAGAGCAGUUACAAAAGUUCAAGCUUGCAGAGGAGGAACUAGCUCAGGUAAAAGUCUCUGCUGGGUUGUGAUAUUGAGCAUGUUUUUGGUAAGAGUUUCAGUAACUUUUGAAGAAGGUGACAGUAUCGUAAGUUUUCAAGUAAUGAUUGAUGCAAACUAGGCAGCAACACAACAGAAAUAUGCCUAUAGCCAGUAAGGUGUUAGGGGGUUGCCAUGUCAUUAUUAUUGAAAGCCCCAUUGGGCUGAUAUUACAGGGCUUGAAGCAAAUUUAAAUUUCAUCCCGUGCUCAAAUUUUUCUUGGCCAGGGACAUUACAUCCUUGUCUAAGUUUAUGAUCUAAAUACACGAUGACUUGCUGCGACCUUUUCCCAUGGGGUUAGUAAGUAUGUAAAUUACUUGCUGAACAGAAAAUCUACCUGCACUUGUCCCAGACAACUGGACCAGAAUUUUUGCAAGAACUGUGUUUCUAAACUUUAUUUUAUGUUACGUCACUGGUUUAGGUUCGUCGAGCUUUGAGGAAAGCUGAAAAAGAACUUGAAUACCAGACGUGGAAGGCUCCACCUGCUUUGAAACAGUGGCUUCAAAUAACAUUUGAUAAAGAAACCAAACACUUCCAACAUAAGAGAGCCAUAGCACUGAAGCAGAUGAAGGAAGCUAAAGAAGCAGUAAGUGGAGAUGUAAAUCCGUCUGUUGAGAAAUUAUUGAGCUAUAGUUUGUUUCUUGAUCUUCACCAAACAUCAAAAAUUUAAGUAGCAUUUUUUUCAAUUUAAUUUAUUUUGUUGAUGCUUUCUGAUGGCUACACUGGUUUAAGUAAUAUAAUACUAAGAACAGAGAGAGCUCAAGCACUCAUGACAAUGAAGGCGACAACAACAAAAAAUAUUGGUUUAAUGAGCAAAACAACAGCUCUGAACAUGCAUCAAACUUUUUGGUACAUUUUGGUGAUAUCCACGUGGUGCUACAACAUAAAACUUCUGAUUACAAUUUGAACAUGGAUACUUGAGAAUUCAACACACUAGGGAAAAAUUGCCUACAUUUUACAAAUUGAAGGAGGUUAAAUAAUGAAAGAAUGCACUCCAAACAUUCACUGCUGUCAUAACCAUUUAUAAUAGUAAUAAUAAUAAUGAUAAUGAUGAUGAUGAUGAUGGUGAUGAUAAAUUUUGGGAAAGAAAAAGAUAUUUAUUUAUUUAUUUAUAUGUUAUAAUUCACAAAGGUUUCCCAUCACUGUGAAUGUGCAAAUAAUAAUAAUAAUAAUUAUAUAAAACUAUUAAUUUCACUGAAGUAGAAAAAAUAUAUAUUCAGUCAGAGCACUAUUUUCAAGUCAUUUCAUUUCAUAAGCUCCUGUUCAUUUCGAUAGUGGUGAUAAUGAUUAUAAUUAAUAUUAUUAUUAUCAUUUUAAAAGCUCCUUAAUAACAAAUAUAUAGCAGCAGGUGUUCAGUACUAUUUGUACAUACUUCUCAUAAUUAUUUACGUAUGGCACAUUACUUUUUCUAGUGUGAAAGAAUAAAGAAAAAACGCAACAGUUUAAUUGGAUCACUUCGCUUAGCUCAUGAUUUGUCCAUUGAUGAAGUUGAUCAGAAGAUUCUAAGUGCAAGGUAAGUUUUGAUUAUCUGACAUUAUUGAUUGACUGUUAAACCUAAAAUCCUCAUGGGCUUUUACAGGAGCAGCUAAGAGCAAUAUAGUCAUUUAUCGUGGAACAGAUGGCAUGAUGAUGGCAAUCAGUUUUUUUUCAUUUAUUUCGUUACAACAACCCUGAGCAAUAUCUCUAUACUUAAGUAAAAUUAUUUUAUCUGUUUCAUGAAAACGUCAAGUGAGACCAAAAGCUGCAAUUUACACCUCUAGGCGAGAUGACAAGCAUUCCUGUCCAUUUCAUAUGGACUCCUCUCCUCCCAUCAGGGCUAUAAGAAAGCUCAGUGUUACUCGUGACAAUAAAUGAUUGGGGAAUCAUGCAAUCAAUUUUCACCCUUCUUGAUUUUUGCAGAUCAGCUCUUGCUGAGGUCACCAAUGAGCUAGAAGAACGACAGCAGCGAUGGUCUCAGAUAGAAUCCCUUUGUGGAUUCCAGAUUAUGUCGCAAACCUCAUUUGGUAUCGGAAAAGGCAAUGGGACGCGGCCACGAACUGGAUCUGCCAUUGCACAAGCACUUGUUAAUGUUGCCAACGUGGCUGGUGUAAGUUCAGGAAGAAAAAUCUCAUCCAGCGCAAGUCCUUGGAGUGCACUGGCUGAGGGCACUAGCCAGGCAGAGAGCAAGGACGAUCUUCCACCUACUUAUUCUGCUGUAACUGCUAACUUAGCUGCGGCUGAUGUGGUCAGUGAGAAGCCACCUAGGGAUAAAAAAAACUCGGCUGACUUAAAGUGUGAUGGUGAUAACUGUAGUGAUGUAGAGGCAGAUGUUGGAAAAACAACUGAGAUUAGAUGUUCUGAUGCAGACAAUGGUCACCCUAGUUAUCAGCUUGGUUCAACAGCUAUGAUAAAUGGCAUUGCAGAGUCAGAAAAUAAAGAUCAUUCUUUAGAACACCUUGUGUCAUCAUGUGGAGUGUCAGUGGAAGAAGAAACUGCACUGAAUGGCAGCAGCUCCUCUGACUAUCCUGCUGGCAAGCACAAAAAGAGACUGAGCUGGUUUGGAAAGCGCCAGGACUCCACCACAGAAAGUGAAUCUUCAGCUGCUGAGAAUGAGGAAGAAACGAGAAGGAAGAUUAGAUGGCUGUGGAGGUCGGCCAUUCGCAAGUCCAAGGCACAGAGAAAUGCAGCAAACAAAGGUGAUGUUGGGUUACUAAAAGCUGCAUCAAUGGAGAAAUUGAAGUCGGGAUAAAUGCCUGUUGGACUCAAGUUAAAGUUAAUUGCAGAACAACUUUUAGUUGUUUCUUCCAGAUGAGGAAGCAUUCAUUCACAGAGCCUCAAGCCAGUUGUCUGGAAUUUGACACAGAUUGUCUCCUAGAGUGGACAGUCAGGAAGGCUCCUUGUUCAUGCAGUUUAGGAGCUCAGUGGUGUGUUUAAGCUUAGUAACUUUAAAAGGUUCAUAUUCUGGUUGUGUUGAUGGUUGACCACUGUUUAUAACACAGUAAAACAAGGAUGCUAGAUCUGGGAAGAGAUGAGAAAAAUUCAGUUAGACAUAAUGCCUGUUUCCUUUGUUGGAAGAAGAUUGUGUACUUAAAUUUUUCUCUUAGAUCAAGUUUAUUCAAAUCAUGUUUUCUUUUCCUGUUUUGAGAUAAGACAUAAACAAGAGAAAGGGAUAUAUUUCUGGUUUUUGUACAUUAAAUUUGCAUAAUAGUGACUUUAAGUUUCAGAGGGUUUUCACUUACAAAAUCUACAGCUAAACAAAAAAGAAAAAAAUGGUUUUAUUUAAUAUAAAAGUUUUAGAAGUGUUAAUAUUAUUGCACUGAAUGUGCUCAGAGACAAAAUAAUAUAAGUUUCAUUCAUCAGUAUUUCUUAUUGGGAGAGAUAUAUUUUUGGUUAACUGUAAUUAGGUUGUUUUAUCACAUUUUAAGUAGUUGUGUAAGUAGGGAACACUGGUGCAUUAAAUUUGGAGGUGGGAAGAGAGGAGGGGUUGUGUACACAUUCCACGGAAAAUUAAAUCACCCUUUGAUUCACGACAAUUUAGAGAAAAUAACUGAGGGUUUAAAAACUCAAUGGGAGGAGCUCCCUGAUUUCUAGAGAAGAGAAUGUCUACUCGUACAAUAACGUGACUGUAUAGCAGGAUCUAGAGAGGGAAGGGGGGUUGAGGUUCUGCCGAGGUCUAAGAAGCCUGCUCAAGUCUUAACCUCUAUGAUAGUAUCAUUUUAGGGCCUUAAGCCACGCAGUGCAAGUUACUUGUGGACUUUAAGAUGCGAAUGUUCUUUUCAUGGCAAUUUAAUUGUUUCCUUCAGUAUUUUGUAAAGAAUAUGUUUAAUGAUUAUGAUUGUUGUUUUCUAGCAUUCAAUACGAUGACUUACAGUAUACCUAAAGGUGUAUAUGGUACGACAAGAAAGCAUGCUUUCAUAUUUAUUUUAACUUGAAUAUUCAUUUUGUUGGGCAAAGUCUUUAUCCAGGGGGUCUCAAUAGUGAUGAAAACUGAUUAAAAUUCCCUCUUGAGAGUUCAAACUUUUCACGAAUGGAGCUAAUAUUUGGUAUGCCGUAGAAAGAAUAUUUAAGAUUCAAAAUAUUUUGUAUUUUGAGGCCCUUGUGGUUAAAACCUGUUUUUGUCUCACAAAGGAUGACAACCAUUUGUCGUGCAAUAUUCAUGUCAUACCAUAAGUAAGUGGUCAUACAACUUCAUUGUACUGAGUGUAUUACAGACUAAUUAACAUUCAUCUUAAGAGUACUGGUGCAUGAGAAUGGUACACUGUAAAUGCUUCACUUCCAUCGGCCAAAAACACUUUGUUUCCCUGUGAGAAAAGGGUUUUUUUUGUUUGUUUGUUUCCCCUUUUUUUAAAUUAUUAUUGUAAACCUCUAGUGCCAUUUAAAACACAAGUCACAAAUCAAUGGUGUUUACUGAUCAUACAUACUCUCUAAGAAAGAACAAAGUAAUGGAAUCACUUAAUUUUCAUUUUUAACGCAACUGUGGUUUGGAUAUGUUUUUUCUGAUUAUUACUUUUGAUUUCUCCAAAGAUUAUUGGAAGAUUCCCUUGAAUUCUCUUGAAAAAAACAAUGUUACUGCAAACUCAGAUGCAAAGCUAACUUCUCAAUAUUUUGAUUGACAAUGGAACAUGUCUCUUAAAUAUUGACAUUACUAUACGCUGAACAGUUUCUUCAGAGAACUGGCUUGUGGUUAGUGCACCAUUUACUUUACACUCUGAGCCCAGAUGACAUAAAGUGAGCCAAAUACAUGAAACAUGGUGACACGAUUAAAAUUUAUAGCUAGAAAACUAUCACAGAAAGCAUUUUUUUUCUUCAUGUGUUGUUACUUCAUCAGUGUAUAAUUUGUAAGGUAAUUUUAUCCACUCAGCGGUCUUCAUGCUUGAUCACACAAAGUUUUCUUCAAAAUUUUUGGGGCACCUAUUGUCAGUUGUUUGUCAUUAAAUACUUGUGUUUUGGUUUGUGAAACAUAUUUAUUUGUGGAUUUCUACGUGGCAAUAAAAUAAGUUGAAGGAGAGGCGGCAGGGUGGGGGGUUAUAAUCAAGCUUUCCAGUUACUUAAGAUAAAUAUUUUUAUGGCAGUAUCUUUAUCGUAAUUUUGUGGUUUGCACCAACAUUUGUGACGUAAUGGUUUUACAAAAAUAAAGACACUGUAAACUUAGUAUUUAUUUCUUGGUAUUAAUAAAGACGAGGAAAGCUGAAAUAGUUCCUGUUGCUG